AUGAAGGGAAGCAACCACCAUACUACUUUUAUCCCCAUCCAACUCCCCCAUAUCAUGAUGAAGAACAUCCACCUCCCUAUUACUACAAACCGCCACCAUUUCAUUACAAAUUCCCACCUUCUUUACCUCCUUAUUAUGGCCACCACAAAUCUCCACCUCCAUCUCCCUAUCUUUAUAACUCUCCACCGCCUCCUCCAUAUGUGUACAACUCUCCACCUCCGCCAUCUCCAUCACCACCACCACCACCAUAUGUUUAUAAGUCUCCACCUCCCCCGUCUCCAUCACCACCUCCUCCAUAUAUUUAUAAGUCUCCACCUCCGCCUUCACCAUCACCACCACCUCCAUAUGUAUACAAGUCUCCUCCACCACCAUCUCCUUCGCCUCCUCCACCAUAUAUUUACAAGUCUCCACCUCCACCUUCUCCUUCGCCUCCACCCCCCUAUAUAUACAAGUCACCACCACCACCAUCACCUUCACCACCUCCUCCAUACAUAUAUAAAUCUCCACCUCCACCUUCUCCAUCACCUCCUCCACCAUAUGUUUACAAGUCACCGCCACCACCAUCAUAUUCACCACCUCCUCAUUAUAUAUACAAAUCCCCACCCCCACCGUCUCCAUCACCUCCGCCAUAUCAUCCCUACCUCUAUAACUCACCCCCACCGCCGGUGUACGGAUAAUUAAGCUUGCACUAAGUACAAUUUAUUUAUUUUUUCUUUUUCCUUUUAAAAGUUUUACUAUUAGCAUUGUGCUAUUCAAUACACAUGAUUGUUGAAGUUUGUAAUCGAGCAUGGAUAAAUAAUAGAGAGUCCACAACUAAGUACUCCACACUAUGAAUGUGGACUAUGUUGUGUCACUAUAUGUGUGUGUACCACUAUCCUUUCAAUUAAUUAAUUCAGAUAUUCGUUUUGAUUUCAUGUA